AUUGAAAAAAAAAAUUUAGAAAAAAAAAUUUUGAAAAAAUAUUUUCCAAAAAUCCACCGACAACAUGAAUCUCGCUUCGCUUUAUCACCGCGCCAGCGCCGUGCAGCGCCGCGACUCGAAGCAAAUCUUUCAAGAAUACAUCAAGGUGAUGAAAUGGCGCGCCGACGGCCGCGAUACGAUCAUCGAUAUCGGUUCCGGUUCGGGUAAUGUGCUUAUGGACUACAUUUAUCCGCUGUUGCCGCCCAACUUCAAAGCCGUUUUGUCUACAGACAUCUCGGCGCGUAUGGUGGAAUUCGCGCGCCAAAAUUACAAUUAUAUUAAGCGCGCUCAGUUCGAGGUGCUCGACAUUGCUUGUUCGGAGCUGCCACAGCAUCUUUGCAAUCGUUUCGAUCAUGUCACCUCCUUCUAUUGCCUGCACUGGGUGCAAGAUCAAAAACGUGCCUUACAGAAUAUCCGUCAGCUGUUGCGUGUGAGUGGUGGCGAUUGCCUGCUUGUGUUUCUCGCCAAUAAUCCCAUAUACGAUGUUUACCUGACUUUGGCGAAGACGCAGAAAUGGCGCGAUUAUAUGCGUGAUGUGCAGCAGUUCAUCUCACCGUUACACAGCAGCUGUGAUCCGGGUGCGGAGUUCAGCAAGUUGUUGGAGGAGACGGGCUUUGUAGACUACACUGUGGAGAUACGCAAUGAGAUAUACGUUUAUGAUGGCACACAGAAUGUGAAAGAUAAUGUGAAGGCGAUUUGUCCUUUUUUGGAGCGUAUGUCUCCAGCUAUGCAGGAAGACUUUCUGGAUGACAUCGUACAAUGUGUGGCUGACAUGAAUCUGCGCGAAGCCGACAUCAAUACAAAAGAUUUUAAAUUUAUUGCGCCAUACAAAUUAGUUGUGGUCUAUGCGCGAAAGCCCAACGAAUUUUUAAGCACUAUGAUCGAGGAGACGGAGCGUGUGUCAAAGCGUUUGAUGUGAUUGAAAUACCAAAGUAGCCAAAGAUUUAGAACAAUUGUAGUUUUGUAGCUUAGUGAUAUUAAUCUAGUUAGUAAAAGUGCUUCCAAUUUAUUUAA